AUUGAAAGAGCUCAGUUGGUUGAACAAAUAACUUACAGAUCGAUGCCUCCAAGUUUUCUGAUUUGCUAACAGGCGCGGGCCUCUGUCAGAUACUUUCUUGCGGUUUUAAAAAGAUUAGUAUGCCAUUGCAUACUUGGUGAGAGUUGUAACAGAGACACGUAUUUCUUCGAAGGUGACACGAUUAAAUGCACUGAACCGUGUAUUCAAUAUAAGUUCUGGGAUUCCCCCUCAUGUAACUCUUGUACACGUCUUCGUCUUUUUCUGUUUGGUUUAUAUACCUGGCACAAGGACCUGGAGGACUGACAGGCUCUUUAUAUUUCUGUUCUCCGCCCCCUCACCACAUUUCGUACCGAGUUCAGUGUGUGACAGGUCGACAAGAUGAAAGCUCAGUUCUGCUGCUUGGUGAGUGCUGCUGUUUUAUUGUGUCUGUUUGGAUGGUUGAGCACAACAGUAGCUGCUCCAGGACGAAACUCCACAGUGGUCAGUCACUGUCCGCGGAAGCUGACGGUUGUGCCGUCCAGUCGAGGAUGUGUUUCUGAUAAAGAUUGUGCUGGAGAACACAAAUGCUGUGUGUUCAGCUGUGGGGCUGUGUGUGUGCCACCUGCGUUCACAAAGCCAGGAGUGUGUCCACGCAGAACAUUUGGAGCAGGCGUGUGUGCCGAGUACUGCGCCAAUGAUAGCGACUGCCCGAACAAUGAGAAAUGCUGCAGCAAUGGGUGUGGACACGAAUGUACGCCUCCAUAUACGGUGAAACCCGGUCGAUGUGCCCAACCGAAAGGAACACCAAUGUGUGCGGAAUACUGUUACCAUGAUGGCCAGUGCCCUGCCGAACAGAAAUGCUGCCCAACCACUUGUGGUCAUGCAUGCAGUGAGCCAUGCUGACUUAACCACCAUAUAAAGGCAUGAGUGAAAUUGAUCUUUUACCUUUUUUAUCCAUAGAACCUGUUUGUAAGCACCAAAUAAAUCUUGUUGUUUUGGUA